GCGUUGGUGCGAGGAGGGGCCACCAUCUUUGAGCGGUUGGGCCCCUGCCUCGGUGAGUGGCUGCGGGAGGCAGGGAGGUAGGUGGGCCACGGAGUAUAGCCGCGCCUCGGGUCUUCAGCGGUGCGUGUCAACUGUGCCCCCGCGGACCCACGAUGCCGCAGUACCAGACUUGGGAGGAGUUCAGCCGCGCGGCCGAGAAACUCUACCUCGCUGACCCCAUGAAGGCACGUGUGGUUCUCAAAUAUAGGCAUUCUGAUGGGAGUUUGUGUAUUAAAGUAACAGAUGACUUAGUUUGUUUGGUGUAUAGAACAGACCAAGCUCAAGAUGUAAAGAAGAUUGAGAAAUUCCACAGUCAACUAAUGCGACUUAUGGUAGCCAAGGAAUCCCGCAGUGUUGCCAUGGAAACGGAUUGAAUGGUUUGAAAUGAAGACUGUCCUGUCCUUGGGAAGUAAAUAUCUUUUGAAUUUCAGAAAGUGUUGGGACAGAAAAUACUUUAUGUAACUAAGUGGGCUAUUCAGAAGCCAAGAGAUCACUUUUUGUACUUUGUUUUUUAAUGUUUACUUUAGAGAGCUGGGAAUGUUAAGUGCUUUCAGUUAGAAAGCCUUUAUUUAUUUUUGGAAAUUAAACAAGAAAUGCAUCUCUCUUGGAAACUUUUCGCAGAGGAUUUGAUGCUGGGCAAAAUAAAUACUUCUCUGGUAAGUUUGUAUCAGUAAUUUGAAAAUGAGAUAUCAAGAAAAGCCAAUUCUUCCUUGAAUUUAGGGUAUCUGUCUUUAAAAGAAAAUUAGGUGUAACCAUUUUGCUGGACUGAAACAAACUUUGUGCUGUUGAUGACGAGCAGAUGUAAAACACAGUAACUGGAAUUAAUUGCUCACAGUAUGUAUGCCUGAUUAUAUAGAGUAGUAUAGUCUCAAUUAUAUUUAAAAAUAAUUAUUAGGACAAGUAUGCUUUACCUUAAACUUUACAAAUUUAAACUAUAUUUUUAAAUAUAAAGGAUUCAUGGCAUCAUUAACUUGUUGAGCAAAGACUUAUUUUGAAUCUAGUCUUCAGUGCCCUGAAAGAUCUGCAGUUACUUUAAAAGCAUGAGCAGAAUGAAACCACCAUAUUACAGAAAUAUUUGCCACAUAUUUGCCAUCCAUGUUUUCUCAAAGGGCUAAGGAUUUUUUGAACUGUUAAAUCUUCGCAUACCUCUGUGACACCCCUGCCCAAUUCUCCCUUUAUGACUUAACCACGGCGUUAAGCGUGACUGUCACAACUCAUGUUUUCCAGUAAACCGGAAGUAUGGGAUUGUUUGGUAUUUAUCUUAUAUUUGUAACCUGAAUUUUACCACCUAAAUGUAAUGUUCACAUGUUGAUUCCUACAUUAAAAUAUUUUUUGUUAGGAAUUUGUUUUAUUGACCAGCGUUUUAACAUGGAAAGUUUCAUUAGCCAUACGAAUGUUGACGUGUUUCAGAGAGGUUAGUAAAUAAAAUAUUACGUGAGUAUA